GGCUGGCCCUCACACUCGCCUUGGGACUCAAACAGUGUGCUUGUGGGACAUAGUGUCUGGCUUGUGUGUGUGUGUGUGGUGUGUGUGUAUGUAAGAGAGAGAGAGAGAGGGAGAGAGAGAGAGAGAAGGAGCAAGAGAGAGAUGCACCUGUGCCCUUGCACCUUACCACUCAGGAGUCUUCGUGGGAGAAGUUUAGGCGGACUAUAGCAGCACAUAGAACAGCUGGAGAGAACUGCCGAGCCGACGCAGAGCAGCAUGAUUUUUAGUGGAGAUCACAUUUUCAGUGAUACCAUCGUCUGACACUUGACAUUGCUGGGACGCUGCCACGUCUGAAGGGAGUCUGGCCCAGAAGAGGACGGAGGAACCACCAGCCCUUCAUUAUUUAGGUCUCAAGAGCUUUUAGUUCCUGUUCCCUGUCAUGGCCGACCCAGCCUGGUGGAAACUGACCUUCCUGCGCAAGAAGAAGUCAGAGGCCAAAGUCCUGUAUGAGAUCCCAGCUGAGUUCGCCAGUAACACGGACAACAAGGACGGCUGCGGUGACCCCACCGACAGCCAGUUCAAUGCCAGGCUGGAGAAGAUAGUGGACAAGUCCGCCACCAAGGGCCGCCACGUCAAGGUCUCCCACUCUGGCAGGUUCAAGGAGAAGAAGAGGAUCCGUGCCACACUGGCCGAAAACCCCAACCUCUUCCCCGAACACAGCAUGGCCGACGAGAACCACGUGACGGCCAAAGACAACUAACUGACUCCGACAAAUAACACAGACUCAUACUGAAGUACAAAAACUCACAAAAUGUUUGCCUCAAGUGUGUGUGCAUUUUUAUAAGUGUGUGCAGAUAUGUGUAUAUACAGAAAGAUUUACAGGACUAAAGCUUUAUUCACAUGCUUAAAAUGAAUAAGAAAUUAUAUGUGACUGUUCAUCACCAAUACUGGAGGACACUGAGAUCUCCUCUCUGUCACUGUGUUUGUAACACAGGAGAGGAAAUCAUUUGCAUACUCACAAAGGCUGUUUGAUUAGUAUCUUCUUUCUUGAUAGCACGAGACUUUCACUGAUCUUUCCAUCAUUUGGGGAUUUGCAAGACAAUCACACAGUGUUGAUAAAUAUGCAUCAUCUUGGAUAUGGUGUGAAUUAUGUUUUGCCAUGUAUUAAAUGAUUACCACUGUU